UACACAAAAAUUAAGCCACCGCCUCUAACACGUAGCAAUGGGCUCUCUGGUGGCGUCCGGGUGCAGGCCUGCCCACUUCCUCCUCCUUGCGCUGGUGGCGCUUGCGGCCGGCGCCGGCAAGGCCAGCGCGGCCACCUUCUUGGUCCUCAACCUCUGCCCCUUCCCGGUGUGGCCGGCGGCCGUCCCGACGGGAGCCGGCACCGGGCCUCUGACCAAGCUCGAGCAUGCCAAGGCAUGGUUCGUCCGGGUGCCAUCAGGUACCGGCAGGAUCUGGGGCCGCACCGGCUGCGACUUCGCCGGCGACGGCGAGCACGGCGGGUGCAGCACCGGCGACUGUGCGGGCGCCCUGCACUGCCAGAGCAUGGGCAAGCCCCCGGCGACGGUCGCCGAGUUCACCAUCAGCGACGUCGCCGGCAUCGCGAACGACACGUUCGGCAUCUCCGUGGCUGACGGGUUCAACCUGCCCUUGGAUUUCGCGUGUGGUGGUGGCAACCCUAGAGUGUGGAAGGAAUGGGUCCGGUGCAGGGAGCCUGGCUGCCCUGACGCCAUGAAGGUCCACAGCUGCAGGUCCGAGGGCGACUACAACGUCGUCUUCUGCCCGUUCAAGGACUGAUGAUUGAUCAGAAGUGAAUGAUGAUGCAAUCUGCAUGCGAUUGUUAUUUCUCAAAGAUAAAUAAAGUCGCGUGACCGAGAAUAAUAUAAUUGUGCUGAUUUAUUCGUAUGUAAUGCAUGCAGCAUGCAACUAUAUAUCCCUCCUCAUUUGUCAAACUCAGAGCGAGAAAAGCAAUGCCGUCUCUGCACUGUCAAUGGUGAAUUUAUUGACGAACCGAUGAACGGCAACUGUUUGUGUUUGUAUGCUACUAGUAACUCUGGCUAAUUUUUCACUUCCGAACGGCAA